AUGGCAAAUAAAAUACUAGAUCCAAUCUUUAAAUUAUACAAUCCGAUUCGUUAUUCAUUUAACAAGAAAAAAGAGAAUUAUAUUAUCAUCUCAACGACUGUUGGUUCUAAAUCCCAGUUGAAUGAUGUUGGUAGAAUUACCUUCAAAAUAAAUUCAUUAUCGAAUUGGUUGCUUCUUUCUGAUGCUUAUUUCAGAUGUGAUUUCAAAAUUAAAGAUGGAACUCCCAAUGAAAAUCGUGUACCACAAACAAAUACAACGUUAGAAAACAAUUUCUUUCCAUCUUUAUUUAGCGAGAUGGUUUUGGAAGCUGGUUCAAGACCGAUAGAAACAAUUAAACACCCUGGGGAAUUCGACACAAUGUUGAAAACAGUUUUAUAUCCUAAAGAUUUCGCGGCGGCUGCAGCAACUGGUGGAAUAUCUGCCGCAGUCAAAGCUGCCAACGCAAAAAAAGCAGCUGAUGCUAAAGCCGCUGAAGAACGCAGACAUAAUUUAAUAAUAGAAAAGGAAGCCAAAGGUUCAGGAGUGGGAGAUAUGAUAGGCACAAUAAAAGAAUUUGGAAAAAGAUUUGGGGAAGAAACCAAGAAAACUGUUAAACAAGGAUUAAAUAACUUAGUACAUAGUAUUGACACAGGAGAAGUCAAAGUCAAACAUAAGGGUAAUGGAAUAUACACUGGAGAAGGAUUAUUUCUUUCAAAGUAUAAAGGAGAAGGAGUGAUUUUUGGAAUAAAAUAA